AUGGCUGCGGGCCUGGCGGGGAGGCUGUGGGCGCCUGCUGCGGCUGUGCUGUCCUCCUUCGCCUUGGGUGCCCUUUGGGGCCGAGGGAAGGCGGCCGAGGAGGAUGAGGAGAGAGCGGGUUCCCAGGCGGGCUUGUGGGCCUGGCUUCCCUCCCUGGCCGCCGCCUCCUCCUCUCUUCCCCCUCCGAGCGUGGAUGUCUUGUCCAAGUACGGCUCGCCGGGCUUCCUCCCUGUCCGCCUGAGGGACUCCUUCGCCCUCUGCUACGACCCUCGGAGCCGGAGCGCGCUGUGGGUGAUGGAGAGGCUGCGGCCUCCGGGCGGAGGGGAGGCGGACCGGGCGCUGUGCCGCUUCCACGCCGACCCCGAGGCCCACCCCUUCCACCGCGCCACCCACGAGGACUACCGGGGCAGCGGGUUCCAGAAGGGACACCUGGCCGCCGCCGCCAACCACCGACACAGCCAGGAGGCCAUGCAGAGCACCUUCUGCCUCGCCAACGUCGCCCCUCAGGAUCCUCACCUGAACCAGAACGCCUGGAACAACUUGGAGAAAUAUUGCCGGAGUUUGACCAAAUAUAACCAGAGUGUGUAUGUCUGCACUGGCCCGCUUUUCCUACCCAGGAUGGAGGCUGACGGGAAGAUGUAUGUGAAGUACCAGGUGAUUGGGAAGAACCAUGUGGCGGUGCCCACGCACUUCUUCAAGGUGGUGCUCCUGGAGAAGGCCUCUGGGGAAGUGGAGCUGCGCUCCUACGUCAUGCCCAACGCCCCGGUGGACGAGAAGCUCCCCUUGGAGCGCUUCCUGGUCCCCAUCGAGAGCAUCGAGCGGGCGUCCGGCCUCCUCUUCGUCCCCAACAUCCUGAAACGCACAAGCGCCUUGAAAACCAUCACCGCUGGGAACCGGAGCUAAAGAUUCUCCACUUUCUGGGUUUCAGCAAAAGCCCGCCAUCUUGGAAAACGAACGAGAGGGAAAAGGAAGGCUGCAAUCUG